UUGAAUGCCAUAACGGUUGCUUGUUUUUCAGUUUUUGUAUUUAUUGUAAUAGCAGUUUCUUCAAAACCUAAAAAAUGCAGUUUGGUGGAACACCCAAACCAUCUGCUUCUAGAAGAAAGCGACUUCGAUUGGCGGAUGGCUUAUCUGAUGACCUUUACCCUCACGGUUUAAUGAUGUAUAACAGACCACCAAUGUGCAACAUCACCCUCCAAGAAUUUGAAUCAUUUGCAUAUGAUAGAGUAAAAGUUUUGCACUAUUUGGAUUCAUUAGGAGUGUCUUAUGUCAAAAAUAGUCCAGAUUACUGCCAAAAACUUGGAGACUAUUUAAGAAAAAAUUAUGUUGGGUUUACAUUAACAUCUGAGCCAUCGAAAGAUACAGAAGAAAGGAAUUUAGAAUGGCGUCGUAAGGAUCACAUUUCCCACUUUAUUCUCAGACUGGCGUAUUGUCGUUCCGAUGAACUUCGUCGUUGGUUUUUGGAAAAAGAGGUGGAUUUAUUCAAAUAUCGAUUUAAUUGUGAAUCAACGUCAAGUAUCAAACAAUUUUUAAUGUUGAAUGAUAUGACUUAUUAUCCAAUCUCAGAGGAGGAAAAAGAAAAGUUUUCUGCGCAUCUAAAAUUGAUAUCCUACGAUAUGACUCAGUCUAAGGUCCAGUCAACUAACUUUUAUAAAGUUCCUUUCACUGAUGUUUUGAAUCUUGUAUCAUCACGUCGUGUGUUUAUCAACUCAGGUUAUGCCUAUGUUCCACAGUCAGAGUUGAUAUCCAUCAUUAGCACACGUUUUCGUGAACACCUAUCUAAAGCUUUAGCUCAGACUUCAAGAUCACUACCUGAGUUAGAAGAGGAUGAUAGACUCUUGCCUAUACUUAGGGGAUUCAAUAAAAACACUCUUGCUGAAGCAUACGAUCCAAACAAAAAUACUGGCAAAGUAUCUAUCAAGCAAAUUGAUGAAUUAUCUAAUAUCUCAUUUCCAUUAUGUAUGCGACAAUUGCAUCAAGUUUUGCGUGAGACUCAUCAUCAUAAGCACUGGGCUCGUUUGCAGUAUGGACUUUUCUUAAAGGGCAUAGGUGUUACUCUUGAGGAAUCAAUUAAAUUCUGGAAAGCUGAAUUUAGUAAAGGAGUUGGGGAAGAAAAAUUCAACAAAGAGUAUUCCUAUAAUUUCCGACAUAUGUUUGGUCGUGAAGGUAAAAGAACAAAUUAUGCUCCUUAUGGUUGCAUGAAUAUUAUAAUGAAAAAUGUACCAGCACCUGGUGAACACCACGGUUGCCCUUUCAAACACUCAUCUCCAGAACUCUUAAAACAACGCCUCCAUCACUAUAAAAUACCAAAAGACUCAAUUGACGAGAUCAUUAAACUAAUGAAAAGCCAGCAUUAUCAAAUUGCUUGUACAAAAUACUAUGAGGUGACACACAAAGUUGAUGAAGCAGGUUUUCAACUUAACCAUCCAAACCAAUACUUUGAUGAAAGUCAAAUGCUCUUGAAAGGUGAGAAAAAGACCACCGGGCUGAAACCUAGUCAAGGAAAUGCAGAAUUUACUCCGAAGUGGUCACAACCAGUUCCUGAAUCUCAAACUGAAGAAUCAGAAAUGGAAUUGGAUGCCUUAAUGACAGAAGUUGAUGUUUAAACUGCUGGAAAUAAUAUUACAGCCAAUAUUAAUUGAUGUUUAUUUAUCAAUAUGUUAAAUCAUACUUUAUAUUUCUCAACAUAUUUUGUGCAGCAAACUAUGGUGUGAAUGUAUGACCAACCGUGAGCCACAGGUACAAGUCAUGAUCAUGAAUGGACCAGGAUUGCAAUUCUGGAAUAUGUAAAUUACAAUUUAUAUGAUUAAAGGGGAACAACUGUU